UCCUGAUUCUUGAGCGUGUCUGUGUAUUCUUCAGUAAGCGCUACACCUCCAGUAGUAGAAGUAGAGAGCUUCUUCAACUUCCAUGGCCAAACCAAAGGCGCCGAGACGGACCUUAGACUCCUAUACAGUCAAACACAUCAACAAAGCCAUCAAAGCCGGUGAUUGCGUGCUGAUGCGCCCGUCCGAUCCGGGGAAGCCAUCCUAUGUGGCUAGGGUGGACCGGAUCGAGUCGGAUGGGCGUGGGGCCAACGUGAAAGUGCAUGUGCGAUGGUACUACCGGCCAGAAGAGUCGAUCGGCGGACGGCGGCAGUUUCACGGCUCGAAGGAGGUCUUCCUCUCCGAUCAUCAGGACGUGCAGAGCGCUGACACAAUUGAGGCCAAGUGUACAGUCCACAGCUUCAAGAGCUAUACCAAGCUGGAUGAAGUUGGCAACGAAGACUUUUUCUGUCGUUUCGAGUAUAAUUCUACUACUGGAGCCUUCAAUCCCGAUCGAGUUGCCGUGUAUGACGCCUAUUGCAAAUGUGAGAUGCCUUACAACCCUGAUGACCUAAUGGUUCAGUGUGAAGAUUGCAGUGACUGGUUCCAUCCUGCUUGUAUUGAAAUGACUGUGGAGGAAGCCAAAAGACUUGAUCACUUCUUUUGUGAAAUUUGUUCUUCUGAACAUCAAAAGAAGUUACAGAAUUCUCAUACCGUCGCCGGAGAGCCAGAUAAAAAGGUACAAUAUGAUUGACCUCUAUGCAUUGCCGUGGUGUUUCAGGUGGAUACAAAACGACGCCGGAGAUGAUAAAAGUUACAUGAACAUCAGGCGUCGAUGUAGAUUUAUAGCGCAGGGACUUGACGUUCCUCUCAUCUGACAUUGGGUAGGCUUCAAGCAAACACAGAGGCACAAUAUAUGGACACAAAAGCUGUAUUAUCGUGUGUGAGGGAAACUGGUUUUCAAAACCCUUGUGAUGUUUAUAUGUUUGACGGACAGUGACGAGUGAACCUCUUUCCCUUUGCUGGUCAAAGAUGUGUUUGGUUGUCUGUAAUUAUGUAAUAUAGAUUAUUCUCUCUCUUGUUUAUUUUAGGGACGUGUGUAUAAUCUUAGAGUAUAUAUAACUUCUUGAAGAGAGAAUAGAUAGAUAUAUAAUUAUAUAUUUUUUCCUUUUGGCUUUAAUGGCAUUGAAGCUUUU